AUGUCGUCAGAAUCCGGGUUCUCUUUCCUCCCGCAGGGAGCAAUCAUCCAGGAAUUCAAAGUGGCCGGUCAUAACAUUGUACUUGGGUAUCCUACCCCGGAACCGUAUGCCGAUUCCCCUUUCUUUGGGGAGACGAUUGGCCGCGUUGCCAACCGCAUCAAGAACGCCGAGUUCACCCUCAAUGGAAAGUCGUAUAAGCUAGCAGCAAAUGAAGGCGCUACUACCCACAUCCAUGGGGGCAUCAAGGGCUGGGGUAAAAAGCAGUUCAACGGCCCUCAGCCCGUCAACCGGAACGGAAAGGAAGCAGUCCUCUUUACCUAUGUGUCGGCCGAUGGGGAGGAAGGAUAUCCGGGCACCGUAGAGCUGAAAGUCUGGUACAUAGCGUCGACGGAGGACGCGGAUGGUGUGACCAAGACCGUGCUCGAAACAGAGUAUGAGGCGGAACUGAUUGGUGACGAGUGUGAUGAGACGGUCGUCAACAUCACCAACCACGGCUAUUUCAACUUGAGUGACGGACCUACGAUCGAAGGAUCGGUGGUUACCCUUCAUACUUCCAAGUAUCUGGUAGUGGAUAGCGCACUGAUCCCAACCGGGGCGAUCGAAGACUUCCCUGGGAUCGAAGCAAAUCGUCCUUUCGUCCUAGGUGCAACAGAGCCAGAUAUUGACCAUUGCUUUGUGGUCGACACGGACACGUCAGAGCUUCCCCUCGAUACUCGCCAAAGGCAGCUCAAGCCGUUGAUUAGUGUAUCGCACCCUCAAACUAAACUUCACCUGGACGUGUUCAGUACGGAACCUUGCUUUCAGUUCUACACGGGGAAACACAUCAAAGCCGCCGCAACAGAGCACACUCCAGCGAGAGGCACACGAGCAGGUUUCUGCGUGGAAGCAAGCCGCUUCAUCAAUGCGAUCAACGUGCCAGAAUGGAGAAACCAGGUGAUACUGAAGCGCGGGCAGGUCUGGGGCGCAAAGACCGUGCACAAGGCCUGGAAGGAAUAA